ACGUCUUCUUCCAUGCGAAAUUCACACACUUUGACAAGCCCAGUGGAAUCCGCGAGUUGCUCGACAUGUACGGUCUCGGAUUUCGACCACCAGUCGGAUUUGAUGCUUCCAAAAACUAUUUAGGUCAAACUCUGAACUUGGCCUUGGACUUUAAUCUCGUUCGCCUUUUGCUGCAGACCUGAAUGUGGUGAUUUCAUGUUUGGAAAAGUCGUUUGGGGAGGAAGAAUUGGCUCAGAAGCGCCAAGACUUGUAGCUUGCCUCUCGGAAUCAUCAAAUGAACACUACUUCCGAAUAUUAGCCUCCGACUCUAUCUAGACUUUAAUCUCUUCAACAUCGUCUUCCAAUACCAAAACGGAAUACAAGACGUCGAAGGCGAGACGACAUGUCUACUCACUUAUGGAUAGAUAAUUCAAUCAUCGUCUAUGACGCUUUGCAAGACGGCUUUUCCAAAUCCACACGCUGACAGUUCCUCGAUGAAGUCAGUCACGACGUCCAUGCUAUAAUUUUAUCGCGGGUCAACUCGGUUUCCAAGCUUCGAAUCCCGUCGUGGCCUGAGAAAACACAUAUGCGCCCCACCAAUAUGCCGUUGUCACGUUCGCGGUUCCUUGGUCACUUCAUGGAGCUUGAGUGAUUACGAGUGGUAGAAGGAUCAAGAAAGCGUUUGGAGAUCCAGGAGUUAAGCUUGAAAUACGCCCUAGAUCCGGCCAAUCGGACACUGCAAAUCAUUGUUUCUUCUCUUUUCCACUUUCCGAUGCCGCACGUCCACUCCAUGACAACGUCUCUUCGGAUCUAUACGCCUGAUUUUGUGGGGUACAGAGAACAACAGGUACUCCGGGGAUGGCUACUCGCCGAGUAACUCUCAGCCACCUAUCUCCAGAAAAUCAUCCUUUCCAUAUCCCGUAUCAUGAACUCUGUCUAUAAACCUCAACUGACGCUAUGGAGAGACCUUACUCCUCUUCCAAAGCCACUCAUUAAAGCCGGAUCUCACUCAAAACACAUCUUGGUCGUCGGCGGCGGUGUGAUUGGCUUAACCCACUCCUGGGCUCUUCUCGAUAAAGGUUAUAGAGUGACCAUCAUUUCCAAGGAAUGGGCGUCUUUCGGCCAAAAACAACGCCUCGCAUCCCAAAUCGCCGGUGCCCUCUGGGAAUACCCCCCAGCCGUCUGUGGACAACACACGGACAAGAUCUCCCUCCAGCACAGUAAAAAGUGGUGUAUGGUCGCAUACCAUAUCUGGAAUGGAGUCGCCUCGGACCCAAAACUCUCGCAGAAGGCGGGUGUACGGAUGAUGCCUAGUAACUUCUACUUCCCCCAUCCGAUCGACGAGGACGACUUCCAGCUUAGCAAGAUGCAGGAGAUUAUGGCUAGCGGUGUUGUUGGAUUCAGACGUGGUCGUGAUCUGAUCUCUGAGCACAACGUCGAUCCUGAAAAUGGUGGUGUCGACGCUUAUGGGAUCAUGGCACCAAUCAUCGAUACAGAUGCCGCUAUGGCGUGGCUUAUGGACUUGGUCAAGGCCAAGGGCGCCCAGAUGAUCACGGAAACCAUCCAUGGCGACCUCCUUACGCAAGAAGACCAGCUGAGGGAACGGUUUGGAGCGGACGUCAUCGUGAACUGCACAGGCCUCGCCAGUGCAGAAACAGCGGGAGACGAGACGUGUUAUCCCAUACGUGGAGGACUUAUUCGUGUCAUUAACGACGGAGUUGACUUCCCCAAAGUCACAGCUGCCCUCACGAUCUCUGCUGAUGUAGCCAGACACAGCGAGAUUGUGUUCAUCGUUCCGCGGAACGACAAUACUCUUCUUCUCGGUGGUUUCACUGAACCCAACAACUGGAAUCUCGACCUUACUCUCGACUCUCCUGUUAUGAGACGCAUGAGAGCCCGGUGCAUAGCGUUCCUACCUGCGCUCAAGAACGCCCGCGUCGAUCCAGUAUACCCCAUGGCCCAGGGCCUCCGUCCAUUCCGACAAGGAAAUAUCCGAGUUGAAAGAGAGCUUAGACCUCAUAGGUCUAACGCUAAACCUAGCCGCAUCAUUCAUUCGUACGGCCAUGGAGGUGCAGGAUGGAGCUUAUCAUUUGGAUGUGCAGGUGAUGUUCUCGGUCUUGUUGAAGAGGCGUUAUUGGAUCUCCCGCCGAAAGUGACCACCAGCAGGCUUCCAGUUGUCCGACAACAUAAUAACACCGAGAUACAAACGAGGAUGUAAACUCUUCAUGUUCUAUCUAGGCUAGCUUGUUCGGAUUCAUUAUUCAUACAAUAUAUGGAUUAGUGGGCCUUGCUAUUUAUAAUCCUUUUACUCGUACACACGAACGAUACAU